AUGUCAACUGUCAAGGAGCAGCUUAUUGAGAAUCUAAUUGAAGAAGAUAAAGUCUCCCAGAGUAAGAUCACCAUUGUUGGAACUGGUGCUGUAGGCAUGGCUUGUGCUGUUUGUAUCUUAUUGAAGGAUUUGGCUGAUGAGCUUGCCCUUGUGGAUGUUGCAGUGGACAGACUGAAGGGAGAAACAAUGGAUCUUCAGCAUGGCAGUCUUUUCUUUAAUACUUCAAAGUUUGUUUCUGGAAAAGAUUACAGUAUAUCUGCAAAUUCCAAAUUAGUUAUUGUUACAGCAGGUGCACGGCAGCAGGAAGGAGAAAGUUGCCUUGACCUGGUCCAACGUAAUGUGAAUAUCAUGAAAUCAAUCAUUCCUGCCAUAGUCCAAAAUAGUCCUGACUGUAAGAUGCUUAUUGUUUCAAAUCCAGUUCCUGUGUGGAGUGGAGUGAACAUUGCUGUGGUCUCUCCAAAGGUUCUGAACUCAGAUAAAGGAACUGAUAAAGACCUGAGCAGAAGGAAAAUGUCCGCAAAGUAGUGGUUGCC